AUCAGUUUUUCUUUCGAGAACGCGUCGCCUCGAGUCGUCGUGGAAUUCGUUUCCAUAAGGUGAACGAGUUACCGAGAAAAACGAAGGGGUGCAAGAAAGUUCAGAUAAUAGCGAGACCUCUGCUGAGGCAAAUGCUUUUCUGUUCUGCCGGGAGUUUACUGCCAACCAAGACGCAGGGCUCAAAAAUCUGUUUCCUUUCACUUCGCUCAAUUUUUAUAACACUCAACACCCAUCAGCAACAACAUGGCGCCCACUCCAGCAUCGAACCUGCCAGUCAUGGCAAAGCAACAGACCCCAAAGACAAUGUCCUCUCGUCUGAUGACGAUGAAGUUUAUGCAAAGGGGCGCAGCCGCAGCAGCCGCAGCAGCCGCGGAUACACCCGAUGCCAGCUCGCCAGCAACCCCGGGCAGCGAUGAUGGCUCGGCCAAGCGUCGCAAGACGUCCCACACACCAUCAGCAGCCGGCUCGCCGGCGACACCGCUCUUCGACCAGCAGGCGAUAAGGGCUGCGGUGGAAGAGGAGGAGAGGAAGAAGCGGGCGGCCAUAGAGAAGCGCGCCGCGGAGCUGGGCGACUCGCACUGGGUGCUGGAGGGCGCGGCAAGCCUGCCACCGAGGUCAUCUCGGCCGCUGCUGAACGUCGUCGAGGUUGGCUUUGCCCAAAUCGACUACGCGAGCACGCCAGGCAGGGAUGACGAUGACGACCCGUUCGAUCUCGGCGGCGUGUCCGGCCAGCCUCAGUUUCAGCGCUUCAACAUGAAGAAAUCGAAGGCUGCCAGGAAAGAGGGCGACGAAAGCAGCGGCAGCAGUGACUCGGACUCCGACUCCGGUUCAGAUGCUGGAGAGGUCUCGGAUGACGAGAAUUCCUCGGAGGCAGCAAAGGCAGAGCCUAGCCGCGGCCGGCAGAGUACCGUCGGCAGUGCAGAGCGCAGGCGGCCGAGGUCUAGUAUCUCGGCCAGGCGAGAAGAGGAGCGCAGGAAGGCGCAGCAGCUCGCCGGGAAGAGACGGAAGAAAGAGAUCAAGUUGAACCAACUGACCUCCAUCUCCUCAGCAGGCUCACAGGCAUUCCAGCGGCCUUCCUCCGCCUUGUCUUGCCAUGGGUGCGGGAAGCCCGGUCACAAAGUGGCUGAUUGCCCGAAGAAGAAGCGUUGAAAACGGGAUGCUACCGUGCUUCGCGCAUGAGUGUGCUUAUCCCUUCUGCCCCUAUUCUUUUCCCUUGCCCUCGUUCCUCUCCGGCCCUGCCUUUCUCAAACAGAAUUGAUCACUCGUGCCCAUCUUGUUUCCUUGAUGGUUCAAGCGGCUCUACUUCUUGUAACCCUCAUACUUGGGGUCCU